CUGGAGAUUAACGGUAAUUAGUUAACCGCGGCUACGUGUUCGCUGUCUUCGUUUCCACUAAACUAAAAAUCAUCGUGUAAAUGUCGACAGUGCUUGCUGGACCUGGAACAUAACAGCUACAUGUCCCCCAGUUUGGGUCAAUGUGAAUGAUACCAUGUCUUUGGAAGAAUUGAGCGCCUCACAGUACACUCAGACGAAGACCUUUGCAUCUCUGAUCGCACAUCGUGAUGUAAAGAGACGCAGGCUGCAGUCUAAACAAGAGCUUCACGAGGCAGCCUUGCAGCUACUCAUCCAGAACCAGAACCUCCUAGAACUCUUCCGGGAGACAGCCUCAGGCAGCAAGACUGGUGAAAACGGCUGUGACCAGAGAACAAAAGAUGUACAUGGUCAAACCGCUGUGGGAAAGAUUGGAAUUUCUCUGCUGGAGCGGGAGCUGCGGAGGGAGGCGGAGCAGCUGCGUGUCCCGGUCGAGGUGCUGUCUGCACAGGUGCUUGUGGACAUGCUCAUAGACCUAAGGCAGCAGGAGGGCGGGCUCUCUGCUAUGCUUUGCUCCAAUGAGAGGGCUCAGGUCUCUGUCCUCCUGAAAGCUGCUCGACAGCUGCUGACAGUGGGAGCCUUUAGCCCUAAACAUCUGUGGCAGAAUUAUUGGAAAGCCCAACCUGUGCUGGAGGUGGUCUACUAUCUGCAUGCUGAGAAACUCCUGCUCCUCAAGGACACCCUCAGCGAGUCUGGUGUGAGCGUAUGGUUAGUGGCUCAGUUACAGAGUCUGUGUGCAUCCAGAGUGACAGAAGAGGCAGAAGGAGAAGUGAGGCAGCAGGUUCUCUCUACUGUGGUGUGUGAGCUGGUGCGUGUUGGGUUUCAUAAAGUUCCAGACUCUGCAGACUCUGCUGUAUCGGAGAACUGCUCCUCUGUGCUGGACCACAUGCUCUCCUGGAUGCUGGACUCACUGGUUGACACAGACAACUCACAGCCGGAGCCGGCUGCAGGAGUCUGGCUCUGUGUGUAUGAGACGUCGCUUUUUGGCGCUUUGGUGUCGGAGGACACACUCCGUGGAUUUUUCAGACACACUCUCACACACAUUCUCACACAUCAGCCCCGGCUUCGAGUCUCGGAUGCCGUUGCCAUGCAGAGUCAGUGGAGUUUUGCUAAAGCCGCCCCCCUACUGACGUCCCUCUUUCGUAAGGUGUGUGUGUUGUUCAGUAUGGAGGAGGUUUUAGUCCAUCUGCAGCAGGUUCUGGAGACUCUUGAAGUGAACUGGCAAAAUGUUCUCUCCUGCCUGUCUACCCUGCUAGUGUACCACACACACACACAGGCCUGUCUCAAAGAGAUGCUCUCCAGACUGUUGAGUUCAGCGUUUCACACAUAUGAUGUGGAGAAGAUGAUCACUGCGUUCCUGCUAGCUCGCCAGGGGGCGCUAGAGGGCCUGGCCGUCUUCCCUUCCUAUAGUGAUUGGUUUAAGAUGGCAUUUGGUGGCACCAGUGGUUACCAUGGAAACAGCAAGAAGUCCUUGUUGUUUUUGAUGAAGUUCCUGUCUGACCUUGUGCCAUUUGAUCCCCCACAGUAUUUGAAGGUCCACAUCAUGCAUCCUCCCUACAUCACGGGGAAGCAUCGUGCACUCCUCCAGGAAUAUGUUUCUUUGGCCAAGACCCGCCUCUCUGACCUGAAGGUUUCUGUUGAUGAGAUGGGUUUGUAUGAGGUUGUCUCUGGUGCUGUAUCUGAGGCUCAGUCACAGUGUCCUGCUCAGUGGGACGUUGAGAAGGCUGUCACCUUGUUUCAGAGCACUGGCAGGAUACCUGCCACUGUGAUGGAGGCCAGUAUUUUCAGGCGGCCAUAUUUCCUAACCCGGUUCCUCCCUGUUCUUCUGAUGCCACGGGUGCUCCCACAGGAACCAGAUGCUAAGAUGGCUUUUAUUGAUGCCUUGAGGAAAGCAGAGAAAAUCCCUGCAUCUGUGUUCUCCUCCUACUCUGAGGCCUGUUUAAGGGAGCGACAGGAAGGGGGCACUGUCUUAGGUGACUCACUGGAGAAGGAGGGGACUCCUCACGUGGAUGUCCAGACUCAGUUACAGCAGCUGAGGAGAUUACUGACUGCAGGGGCUAAUGAAGGAGACAUUCGUGCUCAACUGUCCCGUCUGUCCCAAGCUCUGGGUAACGUCUGUCCUGACAGCCCUGAAGAUCAGACCAACCACACAGUGAUCAGACUGACUCUGGACCUGCCCACUAUAUCACACACAGUUGCUUCUGUGGUGGAUCUGGUCCUGCGUGGUUUCUGUCAGUGUGUGUUAGACGCGUGUAGGGUCAGUCCUCCACACAGGCAGGGUCAGUGGGCCAGUAUGUUUCUGAGGAUGCUUGUGGGACAACAGAAGCUGUACACAGCCCUGAUUCUCCGAACGUUCCAGCUACUACAUCAGGGACCAUCUCUGGCUGCAGCUCAUGUCCUAGGCCUGGCUGUGUUCUUGGUGGAGAUGCAUGCAUGUAGAGAAGUGUGCCCCCUGGUGGAGCUUCUGCCCUGCAGCCUGCGGUCUGCCCGCAUGUCUCCAGCUGAGGCUCUGAGCACAGCUCUUCUCUCCUCCACUGCCAGCCACAUGCAGUUCUCUCUCAGGCUGUCUGUUGCUGCACUGUGCUAUGCCCGGUGUAGAUCCAUCUCCCAGAGGGAGGAGCUCAAUCACUGGGUCCCUGGACGUCUGCAUAAGCAGCUGCUCUUCCUCAUGCCCAGGCUCCUGCCUGAGACUCGUGCAAGUGUGGUUACCAUGGUUGAUGGGAGUGUGUUCAGUGAGGGAGCUGAUGAAGAGGAGUGUUUGUCUGCAUGGAUGAGUGUGACUGACUCAAGUGGAGAUGUGAGGAGCUCUGUCAGAGCAAUGUGGAAACACACAGCCAUCAGGAACCUGUGGAGUCAUCCAGAACACCAGCUCUCCUUCUCAGAGUGGUUAACGGCUGAACUCAAAGUGCAACGCAGUGAGGAUGCUCUGUCUGAAAGUGAGAGGCAGGUGUAUGAGCGGUGGGUGUGUCUUCAGUGGUUCCUCCCACUGGAUGUGGCUAAUGGAGGCUGUGGGGGAAGUAGUGUGACAGCAUGUAAACACAUCAUCAACGCUGUACUGGAUACAGGGCUCCUCUCUGCUCCUGAACACACACACUCGUGCCGUGUAGACGUGCUGUCCAGACUGCAGGAGCUGGUGUGGGAGCUGGAGUUUGUACGUAUCCACAGGAAGACGGAGAGAGAGGAGGGACAUUUCCUCUGGGACCUGAUGGCGCAAAGGUGCUCUGUGACCUCUGACCCUGAGAACAUCAGCAUUGAGCUGGAACUCCAGAGAACACUGCAUACCUUCAACAGUGUAAUCUUGGCCCUGCCAGCUGUGGUACUGGUGAGAGUGUGCGCUGCUGGAGGAAGAAAUCCGCUGGACCUAAAGGCUCUAAUGGAACACAUCAACAAUCACCAGAGGAGGGUCUGCUGUCCUGCUGCUGCACUUUCCUGCUCCCUCACAGGUCACUUCCUCUCAGCUGUGUUCAGUGCAAGUGUGAAGUGUGACUCUCCUGUGGAAGCUGCUAACAUAGCCCUCUCCCAGCUCAGUCUGAAGUGUCCUCUGCUGCUGGUGUCAGUGGCGCACUGGUGGCGGCGUCUCUCUCCGAUGCUGUGUUCUCUGUGUGAACGAGUGAUGGGGGAGCAGCCUGCACUAAUACAACUCCUUAGGGAGUGUCAUGAGUGGGCCAGCAGGGCUGCUCAGGGGCUCUCACCUGCUGUGCCUCCAGCACCUCCUCUGCUCCUGGCUGUGUGUUUGCACUGUGCACUUGAACAGCAGGGUGGCAGCACUGAGCAUAUUAAAGCAAACCUUACAUUGUCGCCAGAGCGGCACAAACAGGUGCUGGUUUUCUUGAUGUUCUUCUACACAACAGACCUUCUGUCUGCUCACCUCAGAUCCCAGGAGGAGAAGAUUGUAAGUCAUGCUAAAGAUCUGAGUGUUCACCUCCUAACCCUGCUAGUGGACUCUUCUGAUUGGCUGUCACUUUUCCACCAAUCAGGAUCUGGACAGGAAAAUGUUUUCCAGUGCGUCACCAUGGUGACCACGGAUGUGAAUAUCCGGCUGAUGCCUUUUGCUUUCUUCAGCAUCCUAGCAGCUGCAGGAGGAGUGUUGGACAGGGCGGUGAGGGUUCCGAGAUUCCUACACACAGCUGUGACGUUAUACGUGGCCCUUCUGAGGCUCUUCUUGCAUGGACACACGGCACCCAUCAGCUCUGAGACUCUGCCCCUGCAGCUUCUGGCCAGAGCCCAGCGUAUUGUACUAAACAGCAUCCAACAGAGUCCUAUCAGCUCCCUCUCACAUAGCCAGUGGAGCAAGGUGCAGGCAGACUGUGAGGAGCUGGACCCUGAGGUGGGCUCUGCGCUGUCCAUGAUGUUACACGCCAGCAACCCUGACCUUCCCCCUGACCUCAACCCCAGCCUUGAUGCCAUAUUCAGCUCAUCUAGGAGCUUUCCGUGAGUGGAGGUGGUUUGAGA